AUGCCUGGAAAGCACGGAAAACCUGACCUGGAUAGAGUAUUGAUUGUGCGAGGAAUAAUGGAAAUGGCAAAAAGCAUCCAUAAACAAAACGAGAAGAUUAAGAAGGUGUUUUUGGAUGCAUUGGCAGUGCAGUGGGAGUUGAAAUGGCUCACUCAGACACUUCUUCGCACACUCAGUGCAAUUGAAGGGACCUUCUUCAUGAUAGAAGAGAAAUUUCGCCUUACCAUUUAUGGCGAAGUUCAAACUGUGCUUCCAUUAUACGCUUUCGGAGGAACGGCAGGCGUUGUAAUCGAUUCCGGCGAUGGAGUCAUGAACACAUUGUCUCCUCCUACGGGAGAAGAGGAAUGA